AGCCGCCUGCCUCUGCUCCUCCACCGGCUUUUUCACAGUGAGCGGAACGGACAUGGACUCGGCGUGAAGACGCACCGUUGAGCUCUCGUCCUGCGUAAAAGGAAAAACAAGAAAUCCUCCCCCGACGCAUGAACUCAGAAUAAUGAUGGAGUACUGGAAGCAAUGCGCGCUGUGGCUGAUCAACUGCAAGGUGCUCCCCGCCAACCACCGGGUGACAUGGGAGUCCGCUCAGGUGUUCGACCUGGCGCAGACGCUCCGGGAUGGAGUCCUGCUGUGCCAUCUGCUCAACAACCUGAGGGCGCAGGCCAUCAACCUGAAGGAGAUCAACCUCAGACCGCAGAUGUCACAGUUCCUGUGCCUGAAGAAUAUCAGGACUUUCCUGGCGGCGUGCUGCGAGACAUUCGGUAUGAAGAAGAGCGAGCUGUUUGAGGCCUUCGACCUUUUUGACGUCAGGGACUUUGGAAAGGUGAUGGACACACUUUCCAAACUGUCCCACACAAUCAUUGCACAACAAACUGGAAUCAGGCCUUUUCCAACGGAGGAGAGUGUUGAAGAUGAGGAUAUUUACAACCACCUGGUGGAUCUGAUAGAUGAGAACGGAUUGGAGGAUGAGGAGGAUCUGUAUGACUGCGUGUAUGAUGAUGAAGAUGGCGGCGAGAUCUACGAGGACCUAAUGAAGACAGAAGCCCUCCCUCCUCCGGCGUUUCACAAGCAGGCGGAGACUGACAUCAGGAGCUGCUGUUUAACAGAGAUCAAGCAGACAGAGGAGAAAUACACUGAGACCCUGGAGUCUAUAGAGAAGCACUUUAUGACGCCGCUCACCAUGUUUUUAACCAUGGUGGAGAUGGAGAGGGUGUUUGUGAACAUCCCGGACCUUGUGAAAGUUCACAAAAGUUUACUGCUGGAAAUCCAAGACUCAGUCCACCACAGAAGUGCCCAGAACCUUUACCAGAUCUUCAUCACUUUCAAAGAGAGGUUGUUGAUUUAUGGGAAAUACUGCAGCCACGUGGAGACAGCCAUUGCCUCCCUGGAUGACAUCAGCAAAGAUAGAGAGGACGUACGCAUGAAGCUGGAGGAGUGUUCUAAAAGAGCUAACUAUGGCAAGUUCACACUAAGGGAUCUGCUGGUGGUUCCAAUGCAGCGAGUCCUGAAGUACCACCUCCUCCUGCAGGAGCUUGUGAAACACACUCAUGAUGCCACAGACAAGAGCAACCUGCGGACGGCACUGGACGCCAUGAAGGACUUGGCUCAGUACGUCAAUGAAGUCAAGCGAGACAAUGAGACGCUGAGAGAAAUAGACCAGUAUCAGAAAUCCAUCGAAAACCUGAAUCAGUCUCUGAGGAACUACGGGAGACCCAAAGGAGACGGGGAGGUACGGGUGGCCUCGGUGGACAAACGGGCCAAACAGGACAGGCACAUCUUCCUGUUCGACGCUGCGGUGAUCGUCUGUAAGCGGCGCGGAGACAACUACGAGAUGAAAGAAGUGAUCGACCUGCACCUCUUCAAGGUCACCAACAACCCCACAUCUGACAAGGAGAACCGAAAGUGGUCCUACGGAUUCUACCUCACUCACAACCAGGGCCAGAGCGGCUUCGAGUUCUUCUUCAAGACCAAAGAGCUGAAAAAGAAGUGGUUGGAGCAGUUUGGCAUGGCCAUAUCCAACAUUCGACCCGAGAACGGCAGCACCAACUUCCACGAGUUUUGCAUGCACACCUUCGACAAAAUAACCUCCUGCAACUACUGCCACAUGCUGCUGAGGGGCAUCUUUAACCAGGGCUACCUGUGCUCCAAGUGUGGUCUUGGUGCCCAUAAAGAAUGCCUGGGCCGCUUUGGCUGCUGCGGAAAAACAGAUCCCUGCUCCGUCAGAACUCAGGGCAAAGAUCGAGAUCCAGGUCUGCCCAAGAUGCUGGUGAUCAGGAACUACUUUGGCGUGCCGUGCCCCACGUCUGGUCCAGCUCUCAGCAUCCAGACGGGUGACAUCAUUGAAUUAAUCUGCGCCGACCUUCACAGUCCCUGGUGGCAGGGCAAAAUCCUGUCAACGAAAGAGAUCGGCUUCUUUCCAAGCGAUGCUGUGAAGCCUUGUCCAUGCGUCCCGAAGCCCGUCGAUUACUCCUCUCAACCCUGGUUUGCGGGGCCCAUGGAGAGGUUGCAGGCAGAGACAGAGCUCAUCAACAGGGUCAACAGCACCUAUCUGGUCCGCCAUCGCAGCAAAGAGUACACAGAGUACGCCAUCAGCAUUAAGUACAACAACGACGUGAAGCACAUAAAGAUCCUGACCAAGGAUGGCUGCUUCUACAUCGCAGAGAACAAGAAGUUCAGGAGCAUAUUUGAGCUGAUCGAAUACUACAAACACCACUCCCUGAGAGAAGGUUUUAGGAGUCUGGACACCACGCUGCAGUUUCCUUACCAGGAAGCGGAGAACGCUGCUUUGCACCGUAUCAACCGGUCAAGUGGCAACACCCCAUUGCUCUGCGGCCUCUCUUUUGUAACUCCUGCCGGCUACAGCUUUGUACCUCCUUCCUCUGCUCCCUUCUGGUCAGUGUUUACUCCCAAAGUGAUCGGUGUGGCUAUCGCACGUUACGACUUCAGCUCACGUGACACCCGGGAGCUGUCGCUGCAGGAGGGCGACGUGGUGAAGAUCUACACCAAGUCAGGGGCCAACGGGUGGUGGAGAGGCGAGGUCAACAGCAGGGUGGGCUGGUUUCCAUCCACAUACGUAGAGGAGGGUGAGGAGUGAAAUGUCUGCCGUGGGAGUAAAAAUAAGAUAGAAGAAGAAGAAUGUCGGCGGUGGAGUCACUGCACUGAGCACAUAACAGUGACAGACAGUAAGCGUCUGCACCGCUGCUUGCUCCAGUUGUCAUGGCUUUACUCUCCUCCUGCCCUGCUGCCUGCAACCAUCCCAGAGGCCUCUGGGAGAGAGAGAAAAGGGCUGCAGCUCACUACGGACGCGCAGAGGCCCGAUUGCCUCUGGUCGACUCGGCGAGGCUAAGUGACUCCAUCAACUAGCAGCUUGCCUGUCAGCGGGACACAAGCCCUCGCCAGACACCCCCAUCCCCUCCCUUACUUCAUUCGUCCAUCCAUAAUUCACCCUUAGCUCUCUUUGUCUCUCUGCUCCAGCAACAGCCCCCAGCUCCCACCUGUUUCUGCUCGCCAAGUCGGUCGUCGCCACUCCGUCUAGUCGACAAUGUUCAAAUGCCACUUUUCCAUUCAUGUGCUCAUCCAUCCAUCCAUCCAUCCAUCCCACCACUCCAAUGUGGAAAUAGACUGAUCAGAGUUGGACAGGCAGACACUGUACAUUUUCCCCUCAGUUCUGACCUUGCCUGUGUGUAUAUUCUAUUAAUACAGGUGGUUAUCGAUGACUUGAUGACCCAGAUUGACACAUCCACCCCUCCACAUCAUCACCACACACACACACACACACUUACAGGAGAUUUAAGAGGGGGAUGGUUUCGGAUAGCAUUGCUGCACACUGCCAGUAAUUGAUCGCUGUUGUUUCUAUUUUCCUCCUCCCACCUCCUCCAUUCUUUAUCUGCAGCCCAGCAUCUCAUGUUUUCAGUUGUCUUGGGCGUUAGCGAUCCGCCGCUCUUAUCAGUGGCAGCUCUGUCAACAGGAGAAUGUUCGCUGAGGGUUUAUCUUAGUGGAGCCAUUAGUGUCGGGGAACAAGCCACCUGCUCCGGUAACAUAAAACAGAGGAAAAGAGAUGAGGCACAAAAAAGGCCAAUCUCUAUACUUCUUUUUGUCUUUUUCCUGUCUUUGCUUUUUCAGUAUGACUUGAGUUUUGUUUCAGUUUCAUCAUGUGCAGAUAUGAUGGAUACAGAUACUGUACGUCUGCACCCAAAUUUCUACUUUUACUACAUCAGAAUGUUUCUCUUCCUUAGUUUCUUUUCCUCUGCAGAACAUAACUUUGGCAGAAACUGAGCAUCUGCAAUGUUGAGAACUUCUUUUGACCAGAAAUAUAUAAAAUUUUCAAAGGUGAAGUCUCAACACUCGAACUCAAAGGAAGUUUGAGUUUUCAGAACCACCUUUUCCCUCUCACCUCCCUCCUCUGUGCUUCACCCUUGUAUAUACAUAACGCACCCGUCUUCUUAAUCCACAGUGAACAGAGGCUUUUCCUGCAUUUGAGGGAAUGAAUACCUUAAAACACGCUGCACAAUGCACUUAUAAUGUCAAUACAUGGCAACAUAUAGUCAGACAGAAUAAGGCGGCAGAGGACAUAGAUAUAAAGAAGUGAUCAAAUUACAUCUGGAGGUGAGACUGAGGAAUCAGGAACAGCUGGCACUGUGCAGCGAUGGUUCUUUUAUUGCAGAACAAACGUCACUCCUUUGUUUCAAUUAUGUACAUAUUAGGUUUUUUAUUUAAUUCAUGGUCGGUGAUUUCUGUAUGGAGGCAGCAGUUACUCUCCAAAUGUCCACACUCCCUUUCUGUCGUCGUCUGACAUUUCCCUCCUCCCUCCUUGCCUCUUACAGCACUUUCACACAUCUCUGCAUGACGUAUUAAAAAUCAUCCCUGUCUUAAUUUAAAAUGGAAAACUUUUAAUAUCAUGAGAGGGGAGGGAGCCUCUGGAAACAGUCCUCAGGACACUGUUUCAGUUCAGAGACGUCAUCCCCCCAUCCCCCAUCACAUAUACGUCCUCAAUGUCUCCAGUGGACAGAAAUGUCUUUUUUCAAUGUCAGUAAGAAUUUAUGGUUAAGACUUUUGCAUUAACUCAAUGGAGCCAUUAUGUUUGGAAAUGAUUAAUAACCCCCUGCCACUCCAUCCCUUUACGAUAUGUGACAAAAUAUUUUUGCUCUCAGUCAAAAAAGAAGGAUCACAUUAAUGUUUGUUUUUUAAUUGCCUCCCAUUUCCUAUUUGGUUCCAUCAACAGUGUCAUUAAGUGACCACUAGAUGGAGGCAUCCUAAACACAUCUCUUCCUCUCUGACCAGUCACCCUCAACUUGGUGAAGUUUGGAGAUGACAUCAUCUGAUUAGGAGGCGAACAGUGUAUGGAAGGAGAGUAGUAGUGUUAGAAAACUUAAAGUAUCACAAAAUUCUGAUUUAUCUGGAUAUAAACCUGAAGUAGUUGGGAAACAAUUAAUGAAAUAUUAUGAGAAAUAAUUUUGUUCAUCAAGACUUUACUGAUAUUCCAGAAUCAGAAGGAACCUUCGUUUCUUCAAACCUCCCUGAUCAGUCAAACACUAGAUGUAGAUGUAGCAUCUUCAGGAAGUCUGAGAGAGUGGCGGCGGCACAAAUGUGAUCCAGCCCACAUCUCUCCUGUCCUGGGAGAACCGGCGAGGCAGAGCAGGCUCCUCUAAUCCACUCCCUCCUCCGCCCAGAUGAACCCUGACAGCGGGGCCAUUUACAACUGCAGGCCUUCAUCCCCUCCGAGUGAGCUCCCAGAUUUUUGUUCCUGUGUGCAGGAGGGACGGGAGGAAGGCUCAAGGGUAUCUGCGAUCUAAUCAUUACACCAUCUCCUCACCUCCGCGACCCGCCUGCAUCCAUCUCUCUGUCAGCUCCCCUCUCCCACUAUGUCACUUCCCUUCCCUCUUUCUUUCUCUAUCGCUCUCUUUCACCAGCAUCUAUCUUUCAUCCAGUCUCCCGUCUUCCUGGUUUCUCUCUGUAUGUCGAUGCUCUGUAGGCUGCAACAGCCGACGCCAUAUGUUGGCGGGAGAAGAGUAGAUGAUUCAGUAUUAUGAGGAGAGGAGGGAGAGAGAGAGGGGGGGGACUCUAUAAACAACCAAAGCAAAAUGAGGCCUAGUUUAAUUUUACCACAAAUUAAUAGACUGAGAGAAAUGAUGCCAAUUAGAGGAUGAAUUAGGAUUUGCUCACACCACUGUUAUCUUCUCAUGUACAGUGUGUGCACAGAUCAUUUCGGUAUGCGGAGACACACACUGCGUACGUGAGGAGAAGCGUUUUGACAGGAUUCCGGGCUGAGCAAGUCUUAGCCCAGCAGGGGUUUUAGGAAACAAUCUCCUGAACCAACACGUGAAGACAUGUUCCGUACCAACCUGAGCAGAAACAUACCAGUCACACAUGAACGAAUUAUACUUUAUAUCUCCUCCACCCUCCUGUCAUGUAGUUUGCCCUCAGUGACCCUGUAUUGUGUGAGCUUUGCAUCCAAACCCAUGUGUUGUUGUCCCAAUGAAGCCAAAGAUUAACGCUGUUCCUACUGUACAUUCAGUAUUAUGUCUCCAUGGUACCCGACCGCUGUGGCCUAACUCUAAAAACCGUGCAAUCCUGACUGUGAAGUAUUACCGUGUAUUGUUGCUGUAUUAUACUGUAAAAUAUGUACAGAGCGUAUAAUAAAGAUACAUAUUGCUUCUUC